UUUUACAUAAAGAACAGUUAAGUUGAUCGUCUGUGAUCCUCUUCAGGGUAAAGAUCUAACAUUAAAGAAGACAAGGACUAAUAAACAGGUCACUUUUAAUAUACAUACUGUACAUAUCAAUCCAUCUGUUCAUAACUGAACUGUUCAAUGUGUCUCUCCACAGGUUAAAUGAAGCUUUAGAAGAAUCCAGACGCAUUCAGCAUCGACUCUUUUCAACUGUGACUUUUACUUCAGAAGAAAAGCAGGUUUAACUCAUUCAUUUAUAGUUCAAAAUAAAUGAGACAUUAAUUAACAUGAAGCUCUGGUUGUUUUCAUCUAAAUGUAUUAUCUUAAAUGAUUCUGUAUUAAACAUUCUGCAGGUGAUGUGAUGUAUCUCAUCUGGUCCAUGAAAAGCAGUGAGAAUAUAAAACCACAUUUUAAAGAGAUCUGGUUCUAAACCUCCAUGAUUCAGGUUCAAGGACUUAAACAUUCAUUUCAUUUAAAAGAUUCAUUUCAUUUAAAAGAUUCAUUUCAUUUAAAAGAACUCCUCUCGUUGACAUAACCAAGUGUGAGACGAAGACAGAUGUCCUCAAAUGUGCCUCUCAGAGAGACAUUUAGAUGAGAAGGACAUUUUAUACUGACGAAGGUCUGAGAGACAAACUGUCUAAUGUGUGAGUGGAUGAUGAACUUUAAAGGGAAUGAAAGUGAUCACAGCCAGAGAGCUGAGGGUUAUUAUGAGGGUUAUUAUGAGGGUCUGAUGAGGGUCUGAUGAGAGACUGGGUCUGACCAGUGAUGCUACAUUUCCCUGUGUUCUCAGGGACAGUAAAGUUGUUUUACUUUGAAAGGCCCUGGCAGGAAGCGUCCUCCCCAUGUCUGAACUUUCAGUCCGGACUCCGCUGCUGGACGCACUGAUCCGGAUCAUGGACCCGGUCUCUCUCUGGACUCUGUCCUAACCCUCCAGCCUCCAGUGUCUCCCCCGCGGAGCUCCAGCAUGCUGCUGCCGGGAAACGACUCCCUCGGCCGGGCUGACCUCCCGCAGUCCAACCGGUCUCUGGCGGCGGACCAUGGACCCGGACCGGAGGCAGUGAUCGUGCCGGUGGUGUUCGGGCUGAUCUUCGUGGUGGGGGUGGUGGGUAACUGUCUGGUGAUGGUGGUGAUAGGGAGGGUGAAGUACCGCCGUGGGGGAGGCGGUGGGAGAGGCGGGGGUCGUCGCUCCAUGAGUCCCACCAACAUCUUCAUCUUGAACCUGAGCGUGGCGGACCUCAGCUUCCUGCUCAUCUGCGUCCCGGUCCACGCCACCGUCUACUCUCUGCCCGAGUGGAUUUUCGGGGGCUUCCUCUGCUGGUUCGGACACUACGUGUUCACCGUCAGCAUGCUGGUCAGCAUCUUUACGCUCGUCGCCAUGUCCGUGGACCGCUACAUCGCCGUGGUGCGCUCCAAGAGCUCCGUGUGCGUCCGGAGCCGCCGGAGCGCGCUGGCCGGACUGUGCGUCAUCUGGACGCUGUCUCUGCUGAGCUCGGUGCCGGUGGCGCAGAACCAGGACCUCGUCAGCCACCCCAGCGCCCCGAACAGCACCUUCUGCUGGGAGGUCUGGUCCGGCUCGUCCAAGCUCACGUACCGGGUCAUCCUCCUGCUGAUGGGCUACGUGCUGCCGCUGCUGCUCAUCAGCUGCUGCUACACCAGGGUUUUAUUUCACCUUCAUAAAAAGAUGAAGAACAUGUCCAAGAAGUCAGAGCAGUCAAAAAGAAAGACGGCUCGGACAGUUUUCCUGCUCGUCGCUGCCUUCACCAUCUGCUGGAUGCCGCACCACAUCAUCGCGCUGUGGGUGGAGUUUGGCAACUUCCCGCUGAAUGACGCCUCCUUCGCCUUCCGCAUCGUGGCCCACUGCCUGUCCUACGGGAACUCCUGCGUCAACCCCAUCCUCUACGCCUUCCUGUCUGAGAACUUCCGCAAGGCCUGUCACCAGGUCUGCACCUGCCACCUCCUGUACCAGCCGGCGCCCACGGACAAGGUGGUUCGUUUCCGCAUGGAGACGUUCUCCUCCACGCACUCCACCACCACCAUCUGAGGGACGAGGUCCGAGAACAGGGGACAACACGAACCAGGAAGGAGGUGGCACCUGGAAAACAAUGGGGGGGUCACAUGACAAAGAGAUGCCUGUGAUUGGCUGCUGUGAGGGUGAUGGUUGGUCUGUACGGAGGAGGACCUGGACCUGGACCUGGACCUGGACCUGGACCUGGACCUGGACCUGGACCUGGACCUGGAGGAGGACCUGGACCUGGACCUGGACCUGGAGGAGGACCUGGACCUGGGCCAUCAUCAGACUCAUAUCCUCACAUGUCCUAGACGCUGCCAGACAGGUAGAGGGAGUUAGUGUCUUCUGUGUCAUUUCUUUGUCAUGUUUGGAAGUUCACUAACAACUGCAGACAAAAACAAAUUCAUUGGAUGUGAAUAAAUCCUCAGUUAUAUAAAAUCAAUCAGCAGCAUCGUGAAACUUCAACCUGAAAUGUCUGAUUUUCCUCCAACAUGAAAAUCAAAACUGACUUCAAACAGUUCACACACAAGACGUCACCUUUACCACAUUAUCACGUCUUUAGUCUGAUUUUCUGAAAUGAUCCGGACCACGAGACAUUUGAUUAUAAGAUGAAUCAUAAAUGAAUAAAUAAAUAAAUCUUCUUCUUCUCAGCUUCAGUCCGUCGCUGUGUUUUCUCAGAUUAAACCAGAUUAAUUGGAUCUGAUCAGAGACUAAUUAAUAAUCCGGUAACUGGAAACGCUCCUGUUCUCCUGCUUCUGUGUCUCUUUGUCCGUUUCAUUCACCGAUCCCUCAGGUUUGGUCGCAUCGCUCAGAUUUUUCUUUCACACUGGUUCAGGUCAGACAAACUGUUUACAGGGAUAAAUAAUCUGAUUGUGAACUUUACGGUUUAAUGUGUGACAUGAAGUUUUCUUUUCUUUGUGAAUAAAAUGUGGAACGACA